AUGGUCAGAGGUGGUCUCUGGCGUCUAGCGCCAACCCUUGCUCGCCGUGCCUUCGCGAGUAAUGCCAGACCAACGGUCUUUGCUCCCCUCGACACCUUCGCUCCUCGCCAUAUUGGACCGGAUGCCCGCGAGACAACCAAAAUGCUCACUUCCCUCGGAUUCGACUCUAUGGACGCAUUUGUGAAUUCAGCUGUCCCUCCAAAAAUUCGAGUAUCCACUGCCGCCGUCGACUCCAUCCCGGCGUUGAGCGAAUCGGAGCUCCACGCACGCGCCAAGGAACUCGCAGGACACAACAAGCUUUACAAGAGCUAUAUUGGGAUGGGUUACCACACGGCCGUCGUGCCUCCAGUAAUUCUGCGCAAUGUCAUGGAAAAUCCCGCUUGGUACACACCAUAUACGCCGUACCAGCCUGAAGUUGCUCAAGGUCGUCUCGAAUCCCUGGUCAACUAUCAGACCAUGGUCACCUCUUUGACCUCUAUGGAUAUUGCCAACGCGUCUCUACUCGACGAAGCUACGGCAGCGGCUGAAGGCAUGGUCAUGGCCUUCGUAUCCGCUUCACAGAAGAAGAAAGUGUUCCUGGUCGACUCAGGGGUCUUACCGCAAACCCUUGCUGUUCUCCGCACGCGAGCAAAAGGCUUCGGUAUUCAAAUCAUCGUGGGUGACGCGACGGUCGAGAUCGCAAAUCCGGCUCUCAAAUCGGACAUUUGUGGUGUUCUAGUGCAAUAUCCUGAUGUUGAUGGCCACAUCAAGGACUUUACUUCCCUCGCUGAAUCAGUUCACGCUUUGGGCGGCCUGGUCGUUUGUGCCACCGAUCUCCUCGCGUUGACAAUGCUCAAACCACCUGGUGAAUGGGGCGCUGAUAUUGUUUUGGGGAACUCGGCAAGAUUUGGUGUUCCGUCGGGUUACGGAGGCCCGCAUGGAGCCUUCUUCGCAGUGUCUGAUAAACUCAAGCGAAAAAUGCCUGGUCGUCUCAUUGGUCGGAGUCGUGAUGCUAUGGGACUUCCUGCUUACAGAUUGGCCCUUCAAACUCGUGAACAACACAUCCGGCGUGAAAAGGCAACCAGCAACAUUUGCACCAGUCAGGCGUUAUUGGCCAACAUGGCUGCGAUGUACGCAGUCUACCAUGGACCAACUGGAAUCAGGCAAAUCGCGGAGAAAGUUCACUCCUUCACGAAGGUUCUUUUAUCGGCAAUUGAACCUUUUGGCUACCGGGCUCAGAAUACCACCUUUUUUGACACCUUAACCAUCGGAGUCAAAGAGGCCACCCGGACGUCUCAAGCCGUUCACACUGCCGCCUCUCUGGCUGGCGUCAACCUUCGUCGCGUAACUGACACGAGCGUUGGGGUUACUUUGGACGAAAGUGUCACCCCAUCAGACCUUGUUGCCCUCAUCAACGUCUUUGCCUCUGCCGCCGGAAAGCCUUUGACCUCACUGAACGAGCUCACCCUGCCUGGAUCUUCUGUCAUACCUUCUACACUUGAGAGAGUGUCAGAGUAUCUUCCUCAUCCUGUCUUCAACAAACAUCAUUCAGAGACAGAAAUGUUGCGAUACAUUCACCACCUCGCCUCGAAGGACAUCGGACUUGUUCAUUCCAUGAUUCCACUGGGCAGCUGCACUAUGAAGUUGAACAGCACAUCCAGUAUGAUUCCUCUCACGUGGCCAGAGUUCAGCAACGUCCAUCCGUUCACUUCGUACGAUCAGGUCCAAGGCUAUCGAGCAAUCAUCCAGGAACUCGAGACCGAUUUGUGCAAGAUUACCGGAUUCCACGCUGCAUCUCUGCAGCCUAAUUCUGGAGCGGCUGGAGAGUAUGCUGGACUCUGCGUGAUCCGCGCCUACCACGAGUCCAGAGGCGAGGGUCAUCGCGAUAUUUGUUUAAUCCCUCUAUCAGCUCAUGGAACCAACCCUGCAUCCGCCGUAAUGGCAGGGUUGAAAGUGGUUUCAGUCAAAGUUCUUGCGGAUGGAAACCUCGAUUUGGAAGAUCUCAAGGCCAAGGCUGAGAAGCACAAGGACAAUCUCGCUGCCUUCAUGAUCACAUAUCCUUCGACUUUCGGUGUUUUCGAACAUGGCGUUCAAGAUGCGUGCAAAAUCAUCCACGAUAACGGUGGUCAGGUCUAUCUGGACGGUGCCAAUCUCAACGCUCAAGUUGGUCUCACAAAUCCUGCAACAUGUGGCGGCGAUGUUUGUCAUAUGAACCUUCACAAAACCUUUGCCAUUCCUCACGGUGGAGGCGGGCCGGGCGUCGGGCCGAUAUGUACCGCUGAACAUUUGUCCCCUUUCUUGCCUUCGCAUCCAUUCAUGCAUGAUGUUGGUGACAAGGCCAUGAACCCUGUCUCUGCUGCGCCUUUUGGUAGCGCGUCGAUUCUCCUCAUCUCAUGGGCAUACAUCAAGAUGCUAGGCGGCGAGGGCCUUGUGAACUCUUCUAAGCUGGCGCUCCUCAACGCCAACUAUAUGGCCCAUCGUCUCUCUGGACACUAUACUUUGCGAUACAAAAAUGAGCAUGGUCGCGUCGCGCACGAACUGUUGAUUGACCUCGCCGAGUUCGAGAAAGCCGGACUCAAAGUGCCUGACUUCGCCAAACGGCUCCAAGACUAUGGCUUCCAUCCUCCGACAUGCUCUUGGCCAAUUUCAACCUGCAUGCUGAUUGAGCCGACGGAAUCCGAAACACUGGAAGAAAUCGAAAGGUUCUGCGAAGCGAUGAUCCAGAUUCGCAAGGAAGCUGAGGACAUCAUCACUGGUAAACAACCCAAAGACAACAACCUGCUCAAGAACGCCCCGCAUCCACCGCAUGUCAUUGCAUUAUCCGAGGCAGAAUGGAGCCGGCCGUACUCCCGCGCUGCUGCGGCUUAUCCUCUACCAUGGUUACGAGAAAAGAAAUUUUGGCCUACAGUAGCCCGAGUUGAUGAUGCAUACGGUGAUUUGAAUUUAGUGUGCGACUGCCCUUCAGUCGAAGAGCUCGCGCAAUCAUGA